GAAGAGAGAAGAGAAGCUGGAGUGGAUGUACCAGGGCCCUGGGGGGAUGGUGAACAGGGAGGAGUACCUGAUGGGUCGCCCUGUGGACAAGUACAUCCUUGAGAAGACAGAGGACAAGGAUGCAGGAUGCUCCAACGAGACAGGGCUGCUCCCAGGCUCCAUCUUUGCCAAGUCAGGGGCCACCUCAGUCCUGGAUAUGGCAAACAAGAUCCGGGAGGAUCCUCUCUUCAUGAUCAGGAAGAGGGAGGAGGAGAAGAAGAGAGAAGUCCUGAACAAUCCAGUGAAAAUGAGGAAAAUCAAAGCAUUGCUGCAAAACAGUUUGGAGAAAAAGGAGAAGAAGAAGAAGAAAGAGAAGAAGAAGAAGCACAAGAAGCAUCGACGUCGCAGCUCCAGCAGCGACAGUGACAGCAGUGAUGAGGAGAGGAGCAAAACUAAGUCUCAGAAGAAGAUGGACAAUUCCUCCUGGAAACCUGCUCCUUCCAAAGUCCCAGGAUAUGGCUUACAAGUGAGAGACUCUGAGCAGAGCCACAGGUCCUGGAGCUCCUCUGGUGCUCCCCCCAGGCACCGGGAUCGCUCCCGCAGCACGUCCCGCUCCCCACAGAGACACUCCAGCAAGAGGAACUCGGAGCAAGCUGCAUCCAGGGGGUCAAGAUCUCCUUCCAGACACAGCAAACAACACAGCAGUCGUGAGGAGAAGGGCAGAGCCAGAAGUCCUUCCCCAAAGAGGAGCUACCGUCGCCAGCACCCCCCGGGGUACACCAGAAAACUCUCUCCAGAGGAACUGGAGCGUAAACGGCAGGAAAUGAUGGAAAAUGCCAAGUGGAGGGAAGAGGAGAGAGCAAACAACCUCAGGAAGCACCGGAAGGAGGAGGAGCUGGAGAAAUCGCUGGAGAAACUCGACUCCAGGGAUGGAAAGUUCUUCCACCGUUUAAAGCUGGAAAGUGCCUCAACUUCCACCCUGGAGGACAGAGUGAAACGGAACAUCCACUCCUUGCAGAGGACUCCUGCUGCUUUGGAAAAGAACUUCAUGCAGAGAUAA